AUGGAAGAGGUUAGCAUAUUGGUUCGUUAUUGUGGGUCUUGGGAAAAGGUUGGUCUCAGUUAUGCAUAUAAGGGUGGGAAGAGUAAGGGCAUGAUCAUUCCAAAUGACAUUUCCUACAACCAAUUAUUGGAUAUGGUGUACGAAUUGACGAAUAUCGAUCGUCGGACACAUAACAUCCAAUUGAAGUAUAUUUUCAAUGUCCAUGGUCCAACUGAACCUGUUGAGAUUGAAGGUGACAGGGAUGUUCAUUUUUUUGUACGAUGCAACAGCGACAAGAACAUACCUGGGACAUCUCUAUGCAUUUCAAACACUGAUAGAGAGGUAUAUGAUGAUGAUACUGAGGAAAAUUUUUCUUCUGAGGGUAAUGCUGGAUUUGCCGGUUCUAAUUCAAUUGGUGCGUCACAAAGCUGUGGUAAUAUGAUCUCACCUGUUGUACAUGAUGAUUCAUAUGCUGUUUUGAAAGUCGGAGAAAUAUUUCCAGACAAGAAGAGCUUGUUUAAAAAGUUAUGCAUGCAUGCGCUGCAUUUGCACUUCGAAUUCAAAGUGGCAAAAUCGACAAAAACUCUUUUUGUUGUUCGAUGCAAAGUAAGUGAAUGCAAGUGGUGGCUUCGAGCAACGAGAGUUGAUGACACUUGUUUUUUCGUCAUAAAGGUAUAUCGUGACGAACAUUUGUCUUCUUCUUGUUUUGAAUUUCAUGAAGCUCGUCAAGCAACAGGUUGGGUUGUGGGGGAAUGCAUUAAGUCUAAAUAUGAGGGGGUUAGUUGCAUUUAUAGACCAAAUGACAUUGUCAAGGAUUUUCAGAGAGUGCAUGGAGUUUCAAUCACUUAUGGGAAAGCUUGGAGGGCUAGAGAAAGUGCCCUACAUUCAUUACAUGGUACGCCAGAACAAUCUUUUGCUGAACUUCCCUCUUUUUUUGCACAAUUGGAAUCAAACAAUCCAGGAACGGUUACACAUAUUGAGUUGGAUUCUAUCAAUCGAUUCAAAUACUGUUUCAUGGCCAUUGGACCAUCAUUAAGAGGUUUUCGUACUUGUAUAAGACCUGUAAUUUGUGUUGAUGGAACUCAUUUGAAAGGUAAGUAUCUUGGAACAUUAUUCGUUGCCACAUGUUUGGAUGGAAACAACCAGGUUUAUCCUUUGGCUUUUGGAGUAGGGGAUUCAGAAAAUGAUGAUGCGUGGACAUGGUUCUUUGAAAAAUUGAAUGGAGCUAUUGGAAGCAUGGAUUCACUUGUUUUUAUAUCGGAUAGGAAUGCAAGUAUUGAAAAAAGUAUCCGGAGAGUUUUUCCAGAGGCCAUACAUGGUGCUUGUAUGUAUCACCUUGGUCAGAAUUUGAAGUCCAAAAAGUUUAGUGAUUCUGUCAUCCCUCUAUUCUACAAGGCAGCAAAGUCAUACAAUAAGGUGGAGUUUCACCAUAUCAUGAAUCAAAUACUCAGAUUCGAUGCAGGUAAUGUUUUCAAGUAUUUAAGUGAAGCUGGUUUUGAGAAAUGGUCUAGGGCUUAUUUUCCUGGACAACGACGAUCAAUAGCUCUUGAAAUGAAAGGUGAACUGACUGACUAUUACGAUAAAGUUGCAGAAGAAAGAAGGAAUAGGGCUAGGGUCAUGACUGUGGAGCCUAUUAGUAUAAAUACUUUUCUUGUUAAAGAUGGUGAUGAUGGAGGACAAGUGGAUUUGGCCAGCAAGACUUGCUCCUGCAGAGUUUUUGAUAUUGACCAUAUACCCUGCAUCCACGCCUUUGCAGCAUGUAGAGUUAGAAAAUUACCAAUAAUUUCAUUGUGUUCGCAAUAUUAUCGUACUGAUAUGCUGCUGCUGGCAUACGCAGAACCAAUCAACCCUGUCUUGAACACAGACGCUAAUGUUCUAACUGAGGAAUUGAGGGUUGUCUUACCUCCAGAAACCAGGAGAAAAAGUGGACGACCAAAGAAACGUCGAAUUCCAUCAUCCGGUGAGCAAAUACAAAAAAGAAAAUGCAGUCGUUGCAAACAAGAUGGUCACAACCGUCAAACUUGUAGCGAGCCCAUUUGUUUACACCCUAGCACGUCAGCACAAUGA